AUGGCUGCAUCGAGUCUGCUGCUCAAGUUCUCUGUCCAGGAGCUCUUUGAAGUAAGCUAGCCGUCUAUGGGCACCUCUUCCUCCACACUAGUCAUCUCUGUGGACCACACACAACUCUGGGCCAUGAUUGGGGGUGGGGGCCUUAUCAGAAUGGGGCCCCAGUGGAAAGCAGAGGACCAAGCCCACCAUAAAUGUCCAAAAGGCUCAUCCGCUCCUCUUCAGAACCCACCCUCCCCUCUGCCCACUUCUUCCACCACACUGGCACCGGCUUCCUCCUUCCAGCUAGUUGGCCCUCUGAUUGGAGCUGUCCGAGAAAUGGGCGGGGCAGAUAAACAGGGCAGGACCAGGAAGMGGAAGACGCCUCACCUGGACAUGGAGAUUGAGAGCCUGCUGAACUAGAAAUCCACCAAGAAGCAGCAGAGCAAGAAGAUGAGCAGAGCGAAUCUGGAGCUGCUGAACACCAGCACAGCUAAAGAACAGUCCAUUGUUGAGAAGUUCCGGUCGCGUCAGGUCCAAGAGUUCUGUGGCCACGGGACCAAAAAGUUGUGUCUGCGGUCUGGAUUCACACCCCAGGCUUGCACCAAGCAGCAUUUCCGCCCAGUCUUCUCUCCCCUCUGACGCAUCAUCAACAAGCAUACAGACGAGAGUCUUGAAGACUGCUCUUUCCUCAGCACCUGUUUCCACAUGGACACCUGUAAAAUAUGUCCACUAGGGGAUCGACAGCCUCCAGAGGCAGAGGGGGGUCUGAUGGGUUCCCAAGCUUGGGACAUGGAGGUGGGACUAUACCAGGGGGAAGAAGACYGAAACGUGGGGAAACUGUUCACCUCUCAGUGGAUCUGUUGUGGCAUCCGCGUCCUGGGAAAGUUAUCUGUGGUGAUGGCCGACCCCCCCCCCUGGGACAUCCACAUGGGGCUGCCCUAUGGAACUCUGACGGACAACGAGAUGAGGAAGCUCCACACCCAAUUCCUCCAGGACGACCGCUUCCUUUUCCUCUGGGUGACAGUCAGGUACCUCCACCAAUCAGAUGUGUGGAAUAGUGUUACUAAUCGACCAAUCAGCUGCCAGGAAACCAGUACAUGCUAAUGAACAUGCACUACAGCAGAAAGGGUCUGACAGAGCUGGUUAAUGAUAGAAGAUUAAACUCCUGAUUUUGGAUAAUGUUGAUUGGUGUUUUGAUUGACGUCUUUCACUUAGAAUUUACAAUAGACUGUUUUAAUCUCCAUGUCUCUCCCUAGCUCUUUCCUUUAGGGCUAUGGAGUUGUGUGUAAAAUGUGUGUCUUUUGGGCUAUGAGCGUGUUGAUGAGCUCAUUUGGUUGAAGACCGACCAGUUACAGAGAUUUUGGUAGGUGUGACGGAAAGCCCCCAGGGAUUCAACAGAGGGCUGGGCUGUGAUGUCAUUGUGGCCAAGGUGCAUUCCAUCAACCACAAGCCAAAUGAGAUCUGUGGGAUGAUUGAUACUUUCACCUGGUACCAAGAAGAUUGAGCUCUUUGGCAGACCUCACAAUGUCCAACCCAACUUGGUAACUCUUGRUAAUCAAUUGGAGGGCAUGCACUGAAGAUGCCUCUUGGACCCUGAUCACCUCUUGGACCCUGACGUUUUGGCUCGCUUCAGGAAGUGCCACCCAGACGGAGUCAUUUGCAAACCAAACAACAUGUAGCAAGUCGUCUGUCUGAUGGACUGUCUUCAGUUCGUCUUUUUGUACCAAUUACGAUAUUUUGUAAUAAAUAAGGUUGAAAGAAAAAUCUCUGCAAAAUGAAUCCACCAAAAAAACAUUUAGUAUGCAAUUUUUUUGUAUUAUUACUUUGUUAGUACAUUUCGGCCAUUCCCAUUACAAUAAGAAUAGAGUAAAAUGUUGGGAUCUUUGAUUUCCAUUCAAAUGGUUGAACAUUGGGCAAAUCAUCAAUGUUUGUCACGGUUAUUGGGGAUUGCAUACAGUGCUUUCAGAAAGUAUUCUCGCCCCUUGACUUUUUCCACAUUUUGUUGUGUUACAAAGGGGAAUGAUUAAAUUGUCAUUUUUGUCAACAAUAUGCUAAAUACUCCAAAGUGGAAGAAAAUUUCAACAAUGUUUUUUAUUAAUCGAAAACAAAACAUUAAAAUAUUCUGAUUUAGAUAAGUAUUCAACCACCUAAGUCAAUUCAUGUUAGACUCACCUUUGGCAGCGAUCACAGCUGUGAGACUUUUUCUGGGUAAAUCUCUAAGAACUUUGAAACCUGGAUCAUAUAUUUGUAAGGUUUUCCUGAUUUCAGUCUGCUUUCCAACAGAUACUGGGAGACAAAUCCACCUUUCAGCAGGACAAUAACCUAAAACGCAAGGCUAAAUAUAUGCUGGAGAUACUUACCAAGACCACAUUGAAUGUUCCCGAGUGGCCUAGUUACAGUUUUGACUUAAAUCGUCUUGAAAGUGUACGGCAUGACUUAAAUGUAUUGUGGAGUAAGUACAAUGUUGAUCCAUCCUCAGUUUUCUAUCACAGCCAUUUAACUCCAACUGGU